UAUUAGCUUAAAUUAAAAGUUGUGAAAUAGUAUUUAGAUGUGAAAUCUCUUUUAAUACUAUAAUAUCAUUGUGUGAAAUGUGAUUUUCUUAUCAUAAUUUUUGUUAUAAGACGCUUUGUGACACACUUUCACUGCACAGUUAGUAAUUUUUCAAUUAAAUUUGGCGCACUAUUUGUCCUGGAAGUUGACAGAAUGACACUGAUGCAGUGGGAAACGUAUGUGGUCAUAAACGACCACAUUGAAACUGCUUCAUUGCGCUCGGGCCUACUCAGGUUCCAAGCGUUAUUAUUCUAUGCUAUAAACUAAAUAGUUUGAACACUCAUUGCUUAUAUUUUUAAAUAAGUUCAAUAUCAGAAAUCAAUGUACCUAAAAUACCUAUUGCUUCACAAUGUCUGGAAUACUUGAAGAUGCUUUAAUCUACUCUCAAUGGAGUGGUUGCCCUAUUGAUGUAUUAUUUCACAUCUUCAAAUAUAUGGAACCUGAAUCUCUAGCUAAAUGUUUGCAUGUGAACAGAGCUUGGAGAAAUGCAUGUAUUUACUUCUGUGAUCACUAUAAUCUAUGGUCAGGAUUGGUUAGAAACUGCUUAAGAAGUAAGGGAGAACAGUAUAGAAUGAGAUCAACUCAAAAUCAAGGGAAUUUGUUCCUAACAUCACAACUCUGGAAUGAAGUGUGUUCAACAGAGAGAGUUGUAAAUAAACACUUUGAAACUCUUGUUGUUAAAAGUUUUAAUGUUUAUAGAGAUCAAUUAUUUGUGAUUUGUGAGAAUGAGGUAAAAAUUUUUGAUACAGAAACAUUAAGUUUACAAAAAAUAUUAGACAUUGAAUGUGAGAACUACCAAGAAACUAAGUAUUUGAUUGUGAUUCUUUAUGAAGAGUCUCCUAAGUGGCGGUUGCAUGUAAAAAAGAGGAUUAAUUGCAGCUGUCCGAGAAGCAUAAAAUCAAUAACCCGUAACUUGCUUCAUGCAAAACUUUACAGUGUAAGUGAGACGAAUUGCUGUCUUAUUGAUAUUCAUGGGAACCUUUGGGCAUUUAGAGACACAUGCCUGGGUCAUGUCAGAUUCUCGGGCCGUUAUUACGGCCCAAUAGUUCGUUGUAUUACUAUCCAUAUUACCAAAAUAUUUUUAUUCAUAGACAAUGGGAAUGUAUUGUUUGCGAACUCAGAUACAAUGCAACUUUUAACACUCUUCCAUGUAAAUGUUCCAUCGGAGAAAAGGAGCAUUGCAACUAUUGCAUUUGACCGCAACACUUUGGUGUAUGAAACUGAAAAGGGAAUAAAACCUAAGAUGUUCGAGGACAAGAGACACGGAAUGAAAGUUUUCGCGUUGCCUGAUGUGUCAGUCGCUACAUUGCACGGUGAUGUACUUCUCGUUGGCACUCACAGUGGAAUUAAUAUCCGGUUUACAAUCAACCAAACGAAAAACCUGGGAAGAAGAAAAAAUGGCACAAGCUAUAAAAUUCGUCCGGGAAAUGAAAAUGGGGUAUUUGAAAGCGGCACAGCAUUUUCAAGUGCCUAGGACAACUUUAUUUCGUCUCUGCCAAAAAGAUGAAGUCUCCAUAAGUGGCAGCAGCUACUACAUUAGGACGAAAAACUAUCUUGGGCUCCGAACUUGAACGUCAGCUAGUUAGUAGUAGUUAAAAAGAACUGAUCUUCGCCGUAUGGCGUUCAUGCUAGCAAAGCGAAACAAUUUGCUGAAUUCCUUCGGUGAAUCAGGUAUGGCUGGAAAAAAGUGGUUGAAGUUAUUUUUAAAUCGUCAUAAAGAUAAACUUUCGAUAAGAAGACCAACUGGUACAUCAUUUGCCAGAGCAUUUGGAUUUGAUCAAGAAAAUGUGGAAGCCUUUUUGAACCUCCUUGAAGAGCUUUACACCAAAAAUAACUAUCCACCAAAUCGUAUUUACAACGUGAAUGAAUAAGGUCUCACAAUAGUACAAAGUAAGAUACCACAAAUCAUCGGCCACAAAGGUAAAUGCAUUGACUUCAGCAGAAAGUGGAUCUCUGAUGACAAUAGUUGUUUGCAUGAAUGCUACUGGUCAUUUUGUGCCUCCGUUCAUUAUGUUUCCCAGAAAAAAUAUGAGUGCUCAGCUAGUGAGCGGCUGUCCUCAAAGAUCAGUCGGAGUUGCACAUCCAUCAGGGUGGAUACAAAUGAACAUCUUUACAGACUAGUUCAACACACCAACCCGACUUCUGAAUUUCUGGUUUUACUGAUACUAGAUGGACACUAUAGUUAUACUCACAAUAUCGAUUUAAUAGAUAUUGCUAGGGAAAAUAACGUGGACAUAGUUUCUUUCCUCCUCAUUCGACUCAUAAAUUGCAGCCGUUAGAUAAGACUUUCGUGGGGCCUUUAAAACAUACUAUAGUGAGGAAGUACGCAUGUGGAUUAGAGACAACAACAGACCUCUAAGUCCAUAUGAUAUUGUGGAGCUGUUUGGCAAAUCCUAUUUGAAAGUACAAACGGGUGAAAUUGCAGCCAACGGGUUAAAAGUCACUGGAUUGUGGCCUUUAAAUAGAAAUGUCUUCAGUGACGUGGAGUUUAUUGCUGCGCGACAAAAUGCUGUAAUAGUCGGUUGUACAACCAAUAUCCCUCCACUGGAAUCAAGAUCUGAAACUGGUCAAGUUCUGGUAGAAAUACCUGCACCACAAACAACUGCUAAUUUACAACCUGAACCUGCACCUUCGACUUCUGGGCUUAAUCGCAGCAGUUUGGGUCUGGUGUCUCCGCAUGCCAUAGGUCCAGUCCCAAAGAAACGAAGAAAAGUAUCUAGCAGAGGAAGAAAAGCUGCUGUAGCAGCAGUCAUAACAUCUCCUCCCUACAAAAAUGAUUUAGAAAAUAAAAAUAUGAAGAGACAAGAAAAAGAACGUAAACUAGUCAAGACAAAGAAUAAGAAGAAAAUUGGGAAGAGAACAAACAAAUGAAGAAAAAUAAGGAUGAUUG